AUCCUUAAAAUUCAGGGAAAUGAAGGACGCAUUUCGAGCAGCCUUUGAGUCCCCUGAUACAACUUGAGUGAUGACGUUUACACCGAACAGCUGAUCAGCCCAGCGGUCCGGCAGAAGAAACAGAACGGAAACAGGAAGUCACGCAACAGGUUGUCAUGUCAACAGAAACGCAGUCAUUCAGACGUCGGCUCAGACUCGGGUGUUUCAGCUGUUUCCGGUCGUUUGGUUUUAGAGCAACAACUUAAAUUUUCUUCUUCUGCUGAGAUAUCUGCAAACAGCUGACGGCUGUCACGUGACCCCGGCUGACGCUGUUGCUAUGGUGACGGAUCGCAAACACGGAGGUCACAGUUGCGGGUCUGCAGCGGCUGUCCUGAAAGCGUGACGAGCAGGACGAGGAGACGAGGAGACAAGGAGGCAUCAUGCCAAAAAAGAUGAAGAAGAGCGUGGGGAAGUCUGACGAGGAGAGACAGGUACACCUGCAGCAGCGCGCUCAGGCUGAGGAGGAGCUGAAGAAGAAGAAGGAGGAGACGCUCGGCCUGUUCCUGAAGGACAAGCUGCAGAAGGAGCAGAGGAACACUGCUGUGAACCUGCUGAAGCUCCACGAUGGUUGGAGGGCGAUCCUCCGCCAGACCCGGGACGCCGAGCUGCGCCAUGACAUCAUCGUGCUGCAGCAAACGUUUGAGAGGACGCUGGACGACCUGGACAGCAUCAUCCAGAAGCUGGUGGGCGACGUGCAGGAGACGGAGCGCCAGGAGGCGCACAUGCAGCGUUGCCACCUGCACCACAUGGAGGCGCUGUGGGCGCUGCAGGCCGCACGGCUGCAGGGUCUGCAGCAGCAGUGGGAGCGUGCCCUGGAGGACGUCAGCGCCAGCGUCAGCUCUCAGAGGCAGCUGAUGUUUGAGCAGUCUCAGCAGCAGGAGUUCCAGCUGCAGGAGCUGAUGCUGAGGGCGGAGUUGCACAACACGGACGCCAUGAAUGACAUCAGGAUGCUGCUCGAGGACACGCUGGCGAUGUACACGUGCUCUCUGGAGGAGCAGGUGGCUGCUCUGGAGGGCAGGGAGGAGGUGAGCGAUGCCACCCAGGCGAGCUUAGAGCAUCUGCAGAAAAGCAUCGUCAAGGUAACGCAGCUCGAGAAGCUGCUGGCAGACAACCAGAAGAAGAUCAGCGAAGACUUGAAGACCACCAAGAAGCUGGAGGAUGGCGUCCGCAGGCUGAGGGAGAAGAUGAUCUCCAGCAAGGCGGAAAACAGCUCGAUGGAAGAAGAUCUGACCGCCGCCAUAAACGAGCUCAACUGCAGGUCUCACGCGCUCCGGGACCACCUGACCCAGUCGCACAUGGCAGCGAGGAAGCGGCUCACCGAGCUCACCGUCCAGGGCGACGCCGCCGCCAAGAACUUGCAGGCCAUCGUCACCAAGGGCGAGAGGGUCCUACGGGCCGUGGACAUCUGCCACCGGCUGGAGACGCAACACGACACGUUACUGACAUCAUCAUCACGCCGCACAGAUGAGUGCAGACAGGACAUGCCAGCAAAGGACAUCUGUAGGUUCCUGGAGCUGCAGCAGCUGCGGCAGAGCCGCAGCAGCGCUGUAAUGCAGCACGAAGCUCUGAGGAAGCACAGCGAGGAGCUGAGGCGAGAGAACGAACAGCUGCAGCUUUUGCUGCAUCAGCAUGAACACCACGCCCACUCGCCCCCGCUCCACGUGGCCCGAGCUCCAACCGCCACCAGCACCACGCCGGCCGCGAGGGGUAGGAGCCGCGUCACGGUCAUCGAAGCUGCCCACGGCGUCUUGAAGCAGUGACUAAUUAAUAUGUGUUUGCUAUGAUG